UUCUUUCAGUAUCCCACCAAAAAAAGCGCGGCUAGUGAUGGCGAGAGCCCCACAUCAUAACCUCUUCCGUCACUUCCGACCAAUCACAUACACGCCAUCCCCAAUCAGAACCAAAACCCCAAAAAUCUCCGCUGUCCACGUCAGCACAGACGCAAUGCCUGGUCACCAGGAUCCCCACACGUCGCUCGAAGUCGUCGCCGGCGGCGGAGCUCGCGAGACUAUCCUCCCGGCGCUCAAGACCCUGGGCCGUCCGUACACUCCGUUUCCUCUCAUCGGAUGGAACUGCCACGUGGAGACCAUCUUCGCCGCGUUCUUCCGGUCCCUCCCGGACGUCAGGCUCCGCCGUGAGUGCCUCCGCGUGAAAGAUAACGGCGUCGUUGCCCUCGACUGGGUCUCCGGCGACGACAGUCGGUUGCCGCCCGAGUCUCCUGUCCUCAUUCUACUGCCGGGUUUAACAGGAGGGAGUGAUGACACGUAUGUGAGGCACAUGUUGAUUAGGGCCAGAAGCAGAGGUUGGCGUGUGGUCGUGUUCAAUAGCAGAGGCUGUGGAAAUAGCCCCGUCAUCACUCCUCAGUUCUAUUCAGCUUCCUUCUUAGGAGAUAUGCGUGAAGUAGUGGAGCAUGUUGGUACUCGGCACCCAAAGGCUAAUUUAUAUGCUGUUGGUUGGUCUCUUGGGGCAAACAUUCUUGUUCGAUAUUUGGGUCAGGAAUCUCAUACUUGCCCACUUUCUGGUGCCGUGUCAUUGUGUAAUCCUUUCAAUUUGGUCAUUGCAGAUGAGGACUUCCAUAAGGGCUUUAACAACGUCUAUGACAAAGCUCUUGCACAUGCUCUCUGCGAAAUUUUCAAGAAGCAUGCUCUUCUCUUUGAAGAGAUGGGUGGUGAAUACAAUAUCCCAUUAGCUGCCAAUGCAAAGUCUGUUAGGGAGUUCGAUGAAGGACUAACCCGUGUUUCAUUUGGUUUCAAGUCAGUGGAUGACUACUACUCAAAUUCUAGUAGUUCAGACUCAAUAAAGCAUGUUCGCAUACCUUUGCUUUGCAUCCAGGCAGCAAAUGAUCCAAUUGCUCCAUCUAGGGGAAUUCCUCGUGAAGAUAUCAAGGAAAAUCCGAACUGUUUGUUGAUAGUGACACCCAAAGGUGGCCAUCUAGGGUGGGUUGCUGGUGUUGAAGCUCCGCGCGGGGCUCCUUGGACUGAUCCUGUUGUAAUGGAUUACCUUGAGCAUCUAGAGAGAGGAGCAUCUAAAAGCCUUACAUCUAGUAGUAAUUCAGUUGACGUGCUGCAAUGUACAGAGGGCUUGCACAGCCUAGAAGUGUAGCUGACACUUGCUUAGCAUUCUUCAUAUUUUAUUGUUUGAUCCAUUCAUACUUAUAAAAAGAUGUCAUAAAAAUUCUUUCUACAUACCUAUUGUCACUUGAGCCUAGCAGAUGCAACAUCAUUGGAUCAUACCUUCAAAAUGUUAUUGUAUAGAAUGAACUUACAGAAAUGAAUGAACUAAAGAUAAAGUACAGUCCAGAUUCUAUUUUAUCAGUCUGCAUGCCAUCACUCACCUGGAGAACAUAUCUAAGAUUUGAUGCUGCAAUGUGACACUUCAUCGUAUAUUAGCUGUCA